AGGAAAACACCCAUUACCCAUACAUUCUUCUCCCAUUCCAUACUGGUCCAAGUCUGGGGUUUUUAAAAAUUUAUAGCUAUAUUUUAAUAUAGUAGUUUGGAUUUGUGGGCAAAAUGUCAUCCACAGAGGAGGCAGUUGUUGAGGAAAGUGGUGAGAGAGAAUUUGUUGAUGGGGAUGAAGGAACAGUAAGAGCAGAGGAGGAGGCUUCUCAUAGCAGACUCAAAGAGAGGCGCUUCUCUCGGUUGGACUCUUUGGAUGUGGAGGCUAACACAGUUCCUGGAAUGGGCCAUGCUCAGAUGUUGAGCAUGGCCGCAGUUGUGCAAUUGGCGUUUCAGAGUAUUGGUGUGGUCUAUGGAGACAUAGGAACAUCACCGCUUUAUGUGUAUGCGAGUACUUUCCCUAAUGGCAUCCAUCAUCCCGAUGACGUUCUUGGGGCUCUGUCUUUGAUCAUAUAUUCUCUCACUCUUUUCCCCCUUAUCAAAUACGUCUUCAUUGUACUGUGGGCCAAUGAUAAUGGAGAUGGUGGAACGUUUGCUCUUUAUUCGUUGAUUUGCCGCCAUGCGAAAGUUAGUAUGAUACCCAAUCACCAGGAAGAAGACCGGAAACUCUCCUCAUAUAAGCUUGAAGUUGCAAGCAGACAACCCAACAGAUCCAUGAAGAUAAAGGAAGCUCUGGAACAAAGCAAGGUUGCCAAGACAUGUUUGUUAGUACUAGCCCUUGUGGGAACCUGCAUGGUUAUAGGAGAUGGGGUCCUCACCCCUUGCAUCUCUGUUCUCUCAGCAGUGGGAGGAAUCAAGAGGGUCGACAAGUCUCUUGACCAGGAUGUAGUGGUGAUGAUCUCUGUGAUUAUUUUAGUUCUUCUCUUCUCCGUCCAGAGCUUCGGAACCAAUAAAGUUGGGUGUAUGUUCGCCCCUGCUAUAUUACUUUGGUUUUUGCUUGUUGGGUCCAUCGGCAUCUUCAACUUAGCUAAACAUGAAACGGCUGUUCUUCGCGCCUUCAAUCCAAUGUACAUCAUCGACUACUUUAAAAGAAAUUCUAAACAAGGCUGGCUCUCCCUGGGAGGAAUUGUUCUCUGCAUUACAGGAACUGAGGCCAUGUUUGCAGACCUGGGUCAUUUUUCAGUUCGAUCCAUUCAGAUUGCAUUCACUGGAGUAGUUUAUCCCAGUUUGAUUUGUGCUUAUGUGGGUCAAGCUGCAUACCUUCGGAAGUUUCCAGAAAAUGUAUCAGACACUUUUUACAAGUCAAUUCCAGAUCCUCUCUACAUCCCCGUGUUUGUUGUCGCCAUUUUGUCUUCAAUUAUUGCAAGUCAGGCAAUGAUUUCGGCCACAUUUACCAUAAUAAAGCAAUCUAUGUCGAUGGGGUGCUUUCCACGAGUUACAGUCGUCCACACAUCUCCAAAAUAUGAAGGGCAGGUGUAUAUCCCUGAGAUCAACUACAUUCUUAUGAUUGCAUGUGUAGUUGUCACCGUUUCUUUCAAAGACACAACCAACAUCGGCAAUGCCUAUGGCAUAGCUGUGGUUGCAGUGAUGAUAGUGACCUCAGCCUUCCUCGGUCUCAUAAUGCUCAUGAUAUGGCAGACACAGCUGUUAGUGGUGGGCGCCUACGUGGUGGUAUUUGGAUCAAUAGAGCUUAUCUUCUUCUCAGCAGUGCUCUGGAAGUUUACAGAAGGAGGGUACCUGCCUUUAACUUUUGCAGCUGCAUUAUUGUUUGUAAUGUGUGUGUGGCACUAUGUGCAUGCAAGGAGAUAUGCAUACGAAAUGGAGCAAAAAAUGUCGGCGGAUUAUGUGACAAGCCUUAGUAGAAGAGUGGGUGUGAGUAGAGUUGAAGGCAUGGGGCUUCUCUACACAGAAUUAGCACAAGGGGUCCCCGCUAUAUUUUCACACUUCAUAACAAACCUCCCAGCCUUGCAUUCUGUAGUUGUAUUCGUGUGUUUCAAGUUUCUGCCCGUGAAUACUGUUCCAGCUGAGGAACGCUUUCUGUUUCGAAGGGUGGGUGACAGAGAGUCCAGGAUGUACAGGUGCAUUGUAAGGUAUGGGUACACCGACACUCGGACUGGUAGUAGUCUGGAAUUUGAAAAUCUCUUGGUAGAAUCGCUCAAGGAGUUUAUACAGUCAGAGAGCUGGUGGGUUGAUACUAAAAUUAGUGAGGAAGAUGAGCAUUCUAGUAAGGAGAGCGCAAAGGAGGAGUUGGCUUUUGUAGACAAAUCCAGAGCAGCUGGCGUGGUGUACUUGCUUGGACACAGCGAGGUGAGGGCAAGCAAGGAUUCUUCAUUGUUCAAGAGAUUUGUGGUUAACUAUGCUUAUGAUUUUCUCAAGAGAAAUUCAAGGCAGAUGACGGCAGCUUUGGAGAUUCCGAACAAGAAUUUGUUACAAGUCGGAAUGACCUACUACAUCUGAUUUGAUCUCAUCUGCAAAAUAUCAUCUUUGACUUGAAUUCUUUUCCAUAUUUAAAAGAGCACGAUUAGAACAUAUUUGUAGGUGCUAAUGAGGAAGGGGAGGCGAGGUAUUCUGAUGUCCUUCCCCAAUCAACACUCUACAGAGAAUGUACAUCGGUUAUUACGGCCGGUUAUUACCAGCAUUUUAAAAUGUUGUCUACAUAAAUUUAUUGAGAUUAUUAAAACCUUUUCCAAAUGGUGGAAACUGUAUAUUCCAUAAGAGGAUCUUACAUGUAAGAAUUUUUUUCUUUUUCAA